AUGGCAAGUUGCGAUAAUUGCAAGAAAGGAGCUGUUCUUCCUGGCGAACCUACGGGUACGAUGGUGAACGGCGCGUAUCUCGCUGCAGGACCUGAAGGAAACACUUCUCGUGCCAUCAUCCUUCUCACAGACAUCUUUGGUCUGCCUCUCAUCAAUUGCAAAAUCAUCGCGGAUAACAUUUCCAAACGACUACAAUGUGAUGUCUGGGUGCCGGAUCUGUUCAACGGCAAACCUCCUAUCACGGUCGACAAGCUCAAAGUUCCCGAGCGAGUAGGAGAGAAAAUAAAAUGGUUUUCUCUCAUCAUAAACAUGCUGCCUUCCGUCCCAGCAAUGUUGUUCAACCGUCCCACCGUGGCCUACCCGAGGGUGGAAAAUUUCGUCAAGGAACUCCAGAACAAGAAGGAAUACGGAAAGUUGGGAGCCGUUGGAUACUGCUUUGGAGGCACCCUCGCAGUCACUAUGGCGGGUACAGACUUACUGAACAGCGUCGUAAUUUGCCAUCCAGGAAGCGUUACUGAAGAAGCAGUACAGGCCAUGAAGGUUCCAAGUGCGUGGGCUUGUGCAGAAGAGGACAUGGGCUUCAAGCCGGAAAUUCGGCGCAAGGCAGAAGAACUUCUGGCUUCACGCCAAGGUAAAGAUAAUUUCGUUGAAUAUGAGUUUAAGGACUACAAAGGAACUGUCCAUGGGUUUGCCGCGAGACCGAACUUAGCAUACCCAGAGGUCAAGGCUGGAUACGAAGGCGCGUUUGAACAGACUAUUGAGUGGUUCCAGAAGACGCUUCCUGUUUAG